GCAACUUUGAGCUGAUGAUGCAGGAAAGUAUUUCACUGGUGCACGGAUAGACCUCCAAUGGAAGAGUCAGGUGAUAAUGAGAGCAGCUUGAUGCUGAUAAAAGAGUGGGUUGCCACACAAUCAUUUCCAGAUGAAGUGCUCACUGAUUUACACCUACUGAACUUUCUGCGAGGAUGCAAGUUCGACCAACUAAAAACCCGGGAUAAAUUAACGCACUACCUUCAGCUGAGGUCAAGCAAAAGCGAGUUUUUUCACGAUAGGGAUCCCUGCGGUGAGAGUUUAAGGGAAGCUAUUUCAAGGGGAAUAAUGAUAUCGUCGACCAUUGAAAACUUCGAAAUUGUGAUAGUGAGGUGGAAGUACUGCGACAUAAAGAAGGUAUCUCUUAUCAACGCAUCAAAGUUGGGCUUUAUGCUCUUUGACGUUUUCAUGAACGAAAGCCCCACUUGCAUGAUUAAUGGCCACACUGUAAUUAUAGACUGUGAAAAUUUACCUUUGGGCUACGCUCUGCAGUUAUCCCCCAGGUUCAUUCGGGAACUCAAACACGUUGUCUUCAAGGCGUACCCAACGCGAAUUAAAGCCAUUCACGUGGUCAACUGUUUUCCAGGGGUAGGGACCAUGUUCAAUAUUUUUAAGCCCAUUUUACCGGUGAAAAUAGUGUCGAGGAUACAUUUUUACAAAGCUUCGAGCAUAAGUGAACUUCGUGCUCACAUUCCACCUUCAGUACUUCCAAAAGACUACGGCGGGGAAGGGGAAACGUUAGACACGCUUAGAGAUGUAACAAGAAGUAUGUUCGAGGAGAGAAGGUCCUGGUUUCUAAAAGAACUUUCUGAUGCACGACGUCAAAGAAAAAGUCCACCACAGCAAUUUGAAUGGUAAUACUUUCACGAUUAUCUUGCAAGGACAUUAAUCUAUGUGAGGGAAACAAAUUCUGCAUUAGAUAAAAAUAACUAGAAAAAG